AUGCGGGGCCCCGGCGCGGCCGCGUCGCGCUCGCCCCUGGGCCUGUGCACUCUAGUGCUUGCGCUGCUGGGCGCGCUGCCCGCCGGUGCCGGGGCGCAGCCUUACCACGGCGAGAAGGGCAUCUCGGUACCGGACCACGGCUUCUGCCAGCCCAUCUCCAUCCCACUAUGCACGGACAUUGCCUACAACCAGACCAUCCUGCCCAACCUGCUAGGCCACACGAAUCAAGAGGACGCGGGCCUCGAGGUACACCAGUUCUACCCGCUGGUGAAGGUGCAGUGUUCUCCCGAGUUGCGCUUCUUCCUGUGCUCUAUGUACGCACCCGUGUGCACGGUGCUUGAUCAGGCCAUCCCGCCGUGCCGUUCUCUGUGCGAGCGUGCCCGCCAGGGCUGCGAAGCGCUCAUGAACAAGUUCGGCUUCCAGUGGCCAGAGCGGCUGCGCUGCGAGAACUUCCCGGUGCACGGCGCCGGCGAGAUCUGCGUGGGCCAGAACACGUCCGACGGCUCCGGGGGCCCAGGUGGCGGCCCCACAGCCUACCCCACCGCGCCCUACAUGCCGGACUUGCCCUUCACCGCGCUGCCCCCGGGGGCCGCUGACGGCAGGGGCCGUUCUGCCUUCCCCUUCUCGUGCCCCCGCCAGCUCAAGGUGCCCCCCUACCUGGGCUACCGCUUCCUGGGCGAGCGCGACUGCGGCGCCCCGUGCGAGCCGGGCCGUGCCAACGGCCUAAUGUACUUUAAGGAAGAGGAGAGGCGCUUUGCCCGUCUCUGGGUGGGCGUGUGGUCGGUGCUGUGUUGCGCCUCGACGCUCUUCACCGUGCUCACUUAUUUAGUGGACAUGAGGCGCUUCAGCUAUCCCGAGCGGCCCAUCAUCUUUCUGUCGGGCUGCUACUUCAUGGUGGCCGUGGCGCACGUGGCCGGCUUCCUGCUGGAGGACCGCGCGGUGUGCGUGGAGCGCUUCUCAGAAGACGGCUACCGCACGGUGGCGCAGGGCACCAAGAAGGAGGGUUGCACUAUCCUCUUCAUGGUGCUGUACUUCUUCGGCAUGGCCAGUUCCAUCUGGUGGGUCAUCCUGUCGCUCACUUGGUUCCUGGCAGCUGGCAUGAAGUGGGGCCAUGAGGCCAUUGAAGCCAACUCUCAGUAUUUCCACCUGGCCGCGUGGGCCGUGCCCGCUGUCAAGACCAUCACCAUCUUGGCCAUGGGCCAGGUGGAUGGGGACUUGCUCAGUGGGGUUUGCUACGUGGGCCUGUCCAGCGUGGAUGCGCUGCGAGGCUUCGUGUUGGCGCCUCUGUUCGUCUACCUCUUCAUUGGCACGUCCUUCCUGCUGGCCGGAUUCGUGUCGCUCUUCCGCAUCCGCACCAUCAUGAAGCACGACGGAACCAAGACCGAGAAACUGGAGAAGCUCAUGGUGCGCAUCGGCGUCUUCAGCGUGCUUUACACUGUGCCGGCGACCAUCGUCCUGGCCUGCUACUUCUAUGAGCAGGCCUUCCGCGAACACUGGGAGCGCACCUGGCUCCUGCAGACUUGCAAGAGCUACGCGGUGCCCUGCCCGCCUGGCCAUUUCCCGCCCAUGAGCCCUGACUUCACUGUCUUCAUGAUAAAGUACCUGAUGACCAUGAUCGUGGGCAUCACCACUGGUUUCUGGAUCUGGUCCGGCAAGACUCUGCAGUCGUGGCGCCGCUUCUAUCACAGACUCAGCCACAGCAGCAAGGGGGAGACUGCGGUAUGAGCCCCGGCCCCUCCCUCACCCUCCCUUCCCCCAUCCCCUCCGAGGGGGAGAGGCACGGGAAGGAGAGAACUGCUGGGGUGGGGGGUGUCUGUAACCUCCUUGCCCUCAAAGGAGAAGGGACCUGGAAGAGAGAUGAGAUAUGUAGAUUUGGGACGAGGGGUGUGUUUGGAUAAGGAGGUCUGGGUGGAAAAACGGUUUGAAUGAAAAGACUUCUGGCAAAGACUUGCAGGAUGAUGAUCAUGAUGAUGAUGAUAACGAUGUUAAUCACGUACGGGAUGGGCCGACCGGGGUCUAUCAAGAUUGAACCCAGCAGAGAUUGCUCUGAGUUCUUCCCGGCUUCAGGGCUGAACUGGGACUAUGAGCGGUUCCCCUGCUGCAAGACAAGUGGCCUG